AGGUGGAUAUGCAAAAAGUAAAGCUUGACGUCAUCAAACCAUGGAUCACAACCAAAAUUACUCAAAUCUUAGGAAUGGAGGAUGAUGUCGUAGUAGAGUUUGUUAUUAACCAAUUAGAAGAAAAGUCUAAAAGUAGAGACCGUUGGUGGCCGUUGGCACUCGCUCGAGCCCUUAGCCCGCACGUCCAAUUAUCGGAUGCGCAAUCAGCGACUCUCGACAUCCGAUUGGGGCCGAUCCGUCGACGAUUCGCCCCGUCGUCGAAUCGUCGCCAUCGCCUCGUCCGCACGCAGCUGCAACUCGCGCGUCGUUCCUGCACCAACACUGACACCUCAGCAGCAGCAACAUAGCUACGUCUUCGACUCAUCGUCGUCGUCGUCGUCGACGCGCCUCGCGUUUGCUCUAUGCAAACAUCAUCCAGCGCUACCACCGAGCUUAUUGCCUCUUGCCAAGGCAUUCGCUCAGCUCGUCGUAGACCAGCGACUGCUGCUAUCUGUCGCUGAUAGCUGCACCGGCAGCACCACCGUCGCAGUUUUGUCAAACUGUUGAAAACUGCGCAUGCCAAUGUCGUGGCAUGCCACGGCUGCAAAGCUGCAACUGCUACUGCUACUGCUGCUGCUACUACUACUGCUACUACUACUACUGCUACUGCUGUUGCUGCUGCUGCUGCUGCUGAUUUCGUCGGCAGUUCGAGACGUCGACGCGUCGAGAUCAACGUCGCCAUCAACAGCUGUCAUCAACCGUCACGCCAACAGUGUGCACACACCUGCUACUCGUACCGACUACUCGUUACCGGGCAACGGACACUCUCACUCUCGCUCGUGGCUUGUGAGGCCGGUGGCUUGUUUACCUAACAGGAGGAUGCUAUGGAGACCAAUGGAACCGCGGCCUUAUCUUCUUUCUCUUCUUCCACACUAAUUCCUUUAUUUCAGCUUGUGGAUGGACAGUAAUGGGGCUGAUCCAACCAAAGUUUUUUUAAAAAUGUGUCUUAUUCAUUGCACAUCAAAAUAUACUUUGUGUCUUCAACAGGUUUCACACAGUAAGUUAUGAACCUUCGUUACAAUCUUGGUAAGAUCUUUAAAACAGAAUCUGCUUUUUCGAGGGGGAAAAGCAGUAGACGAUAUAUACAUAUAAUAAAUAAUGCCAAUAAAUAAUGCCAAUUGCAUUAAACAAAAUCAAAAUUACGUGCACGAAAUGUGUAAGCAUUCGUAAGAUAGGGGCGAAAUAUCAGUAAAUUAAACCUGUGUUCUCCGAUUGCAAUUUUUUACAGUUCCCAGAUCCUCGAAAAAUGCAAAUUAAUUUAACGGGAUUUCUAAAUGGGAAGAAUGCUCGCUCGUUCAUGGGCGAGCUUUGGGACUUGCUGGUUUCUGCCCAAGAGAAUGACACGGGAAUCCCAGAAGCGUUUCUACAGCAAAAGAAAGAUCAAAUAAAAAAACGACUGGAAGAGCAAGAAAAACUACAAGCAUCUCUAGCUGACAAAGAUAAGGAUAAAGACAAUAAAGAAAAUGACAAUGACAUUAAAGUGAAGAAAGAGGAAAAGGAUAGAGAAUCGUCUAAGGAGCGUAGACGCGAACGUAGUCGAGAACGGGACAGAGAUCGCAAAAGAAGCAGAUCGAGAGAGCGCAGAGAUAGAGAUCGCAAUCGCAAGCGCAGGUCAUCUUCCAGAUCUCCUAGCAAGGGUUCAACUAAAGAUAAAGAUAUGAGCGAUUCAAAAAACGACCGCGAAGAUUCUCCCCAGGCUGAUAAUGCUAUUCCUGUUAUGCCUUUGAAAACCAAACCAGAAGCUGCUGUAGCAAUAUCUCGGCUCCAAGCGAAAUUAAUGAGUAUCGCAGAUGGCAAAAAGAAGAACAAUCGAUCCCCUUCUCCAGAAAUAAAAGAGAACGCAGAAGUUAAAGCGGCAACAACGUUACCGCCUGUAGUUAAGAAAUCCAAAUCAAAGUCACCGUCUUUGCGUUCCAAAAAGUCGCGCUCAAAAUCGCCAGCCUCCAAGAAUCACUCGCGCUCACCUGCGUCGAAAUCUCGCCGAUCACGUUCCAAGUCUAGAUCACGGCGUUCCCGAUCCAAGUCUAAAUCACGCGGUUCAAGAUCUACUUCACAUCGAUCCAGAUCUAAGUCUAAGUCGCGAAGAUCAAGAUCCAAAUCGAGAUCCAAAUCUAAAUCACGGAGAUCGAGAUCCAAGUCUAAAUCGAGACAUUCUAGAUCUAACUCCAAGUCAAGAAGGUCUCGGUCACGAUCAAAGUCACGUAGGCGUUCCACGUCCAGAUCUUUCGAUCGCUCGAGAUCUCGCAGAUCUAAGUCGAGAUCAUUAAAGCCGAGCAAACGCUCCUCCAGGUCUGCUUCUCGCUCGCGCGUAAAAAAAUCAAGAUCGAAGAGUAUAGAUAGAAGUAAGUCCAGGAAAUCCAGAAGUGCAUCUAGCGAUUCAAGGUCGACCAAGUCACGAUCGAAAUCUCGCUCGCGCAGUCGAUCGAAGAGUAGAUCAAGAUCAAAGUCUGUGGAAAAGGAGAAAACAAACUCCGAUGCUAAGAAGAAAGCUACAAGUGGAAGCAGUGGCAGUGACAGUAGCUCUGAAUCGGAUGAUGACAAGAGGGAUAAAGAUAAAAGUGAUUUCGAGAUCAGAAAGAAAAAAGAUGGCGUACAGACGAAGAGAUCUUACAGAAAGACUAAUAAGGAUGACAGUGGAAGCGACAGUGAUUCAAGCAGAGAGAGGAAGUCUUCUACAAAGAGACGUAGCAGUCCUUCACCAAGGAAGGAUAGGGAUCGUUCCAGAGAUCGCGACAGAGACAGGUCACGCGAUAGAUCGAGGGGCAGAUCUCGCGAUCGAUCUCGUGAUAGAUCACGAGAUAGACGUAGAAGAGUUGUGAAUAUACUUAGGAGGUCACUGGACAGAGAUCGGGACAGGAGACGAGGGCGUGACAGGGAUAGGGAUCGCGAUCGUCGUGAUCGCUACAGUGGUAGCCGCAGCAUGAGACCACCAUCAUCGCGUAGAGCACCCAGUAGGCGAAGAAGUCCACGCAGGUCACCAGCACGGUACCGCCGUCGCUCACCAAGCCCUCGCCGCCGACGCUCUAUCGACCGCAGGCGUCGGUCAUCUGAACGUCGCUCUCGCCGUCGUUCACCAGACUGGCGAGACUCCCGCAGACGCUCGCGAUCUCGCAAUAGGUCGUCAUCGCGCGAUCGCUCGAGUCGACGGGACCGAUCUCGUGAUCGAAGGCGCCGCUCGCGUACCAAGUCUAAAGAACGAGUUUCGCCUGCGAGGGACAAGUCGAAGCGACGCACUGAAUCCGAAGAGAAGCCUGUUACCAAGAAGCCUAACUUGGUGGAAGUGAUUCCACCGCCGGCUGGUUCAAUCAUUAAUGACUUGCCACCGCAACAAGCCGCGCAAAUCGUCGUGCAGGCUGCCUGCGAUACUGCUGACGUGAUUAAAAAGGACUUGAGAAAUGGUAGAUCCAGAUCUAGUAGCGCCCAUAGCAGUGACAGCUCCGACAGUGUGGAUGACGACGAACUUGCUAGUAUGAUGAAGGCUGAUACAUCUGAAAAAGGCGCGUUAUUGCUGUACAAUCUGAAAACGUUUAACUUGGUAGGAAAAACCCUCGAGCAGAAGCUACUACAGGAGAAGAAAGAGCGAGAGCAAGCUGAAGAACAAAAGCGCAAGGAGAGUGAGAAAUUGGCUAAGGAAGAGGCAACUAAGAGAGCUACGGCUACUGCUGCCGCCACUACCGUUUCCACAGCUACCUCUGAGAAGGAAGCCAAAAAAGUGGAGAUUCCUCUGUUAAAAAAGACAGAGACAACUAUUUCACCUAAAAAAGUUCCAACCUCUGCUCUUCCCAUUUCUAGACAUAGGUUUUCGCGAAGUUUAUCUCGAACUCCAUCUCCUUUUAAAAAAACUGAAGAUAUUAUAGCAGAAAAGCUUCGACAGCAAAAUGCAUUGAAGGAUGACAAAACAGUGUCACCGAAUGUUACUGAAGUCACAGUCGCUAAGGCAGAAGUUUUUCCGUUAAAAAAAGAUGACAAAAAUACUAAGCCCAUAGCAAAGUUAGUCGUCGAAGAUAAAAAGAAUAGCACUCAAAAGCUCGUGGAAAUAAGUUCAGCCAAAAAAUCUACUGAAAUUAGUAAGAGGUCGAGAAAAGACAAAAGAGAUGAAUCGUCAGACUCCGAUAGUAGUGAGGAUGAAAAGAAAAAGCCUCGUAAAAAUGAAAAAACUAGAAAAUCCAGACAAACGUCAACAGACGAUGAUAAAUCAGAUAAGAGUAGGGCAGAUUCUAGUUCAGAAUCUGAAGGUGAGAAAAAAACUAUUGAAAAAAGUAAAAAGACAAGAGAUUCCAGUCGUUCAGUUUCUACUGACACUAGAUCUAAAGAACGAUCAAAAGAAACAAAAAAACGAGACGUUAGUGAAAAUGACACAAAGAAACGAAUUAAAGAUAAGGACAAGGACAAAGACAAAGAUAAAGACAAGGACAAGGAUAAAGAUAAGGAUAAGGACAAGGAUAAGGAUAAGGAUAAAGAUAAAGAUAAAGAUAAAGAUAAAGAUAAAGACAAGGAAAAGGAUAAAGAUAAAGAAGAAGAUCUCAAAAAAUCUAAAAGAUCUCGUAAAGCAUCUUCGUCGGCAGAUGAAGAUCAAAAGACUAAAAAAGCUAACAAAUUGGAAGAAGAAAAAGAAAAACCUCGAUCUAAAAGAGUAAAGCGAGACUCAAGCUCGGAAGAUGAACCGAAAAAAACGUCACGCAAACGAAAAGACAGUUCAUCAGAAGAUGAGCGGCCUACCAAAAAGAAAUCGAAAAAAGAGUCGAGUAGUGAAGAUGAAGGAAAAUCUAAGUCCAAAAAGUCAAAGCGAGAUUCUAGUUCAGAUGAAGAAGAAACAGAAAAGGAAAAAGAAAAGGACAAAGAAGUAAAGAAAAAGAAAAAGAUUGACGACAGUAGUGAUGAUGAAAAAGUUAAGAAGAGGCGAAAGAAGAAACCUAAAACAAGUACAAGUGAAUCUGAAGAAAGUGAAGUCGAGGAAAAGAAGAAGAAAAAAGAUAAGAAACAUAAAAAGCAUAAAAAACACAAGAAGCAUAGAAAACACAAGAAGAAAAAAGUAGCAGAAUCUGAAGAAUCUGAUGCUAGCGAGGGAAAUACGGAAGAAUUGGAGAAAAAACUUCGAGAAAAAGCUUUGAAGUCAAUGAAGAAAGGACACAGCGUUGAACGAAGCGAUUAAUCAUUUACAUUGAAAAU